CGCAUUGCACCCCGCCCCGGAGUACUUCCCUUGCAGUCCCACUCCAUCUCUCGAGUCUCGCCGCGCAUCCCUGCGUCGCUGAUCGCCUCGUCGCCGCUAAUCUACCAAUUCGAUCAUCGUCGAGCCAGGCGUCCGGCCAUGGCCCGGACGUGGGUUCGAGCCUUCUUUGCCCUGUUCAUCGCGUCCUUCCUUGGUCUCGAUCGCUCCUCGGCUACGACGAUCUUUCAACAUUUCGAUAAUCACCAGCAUCAACUGGUCGCCGGCAGCGGCGGAGCUGUGGGUCCCCCGAUGAUUCUCCCGCUUUACUUCUCAGACGGUAAUUACUCUAGGCAUCGGCAGGACAUCGCUGGCGAUUUUCGUCAGCGGAAGCUGCAGAACUCGGGUCACCACAAACCCAAUGCUCGUAUGAGGCUCUAUGACGAUCUCCUCGCCAACGGUUACUAUACCACACGGCUUUGGAUCGGAAAACCUCCGCAGAAAUUCGCUCUUAUCGUGGAUACGGGAAGCACUGUCACAUACGUUCCGUGCUUUAACUGUGAGAAGUGCGGGAGGCAUCAGGAUGCAAGGUUCCGACCGGAGCUAUCUAGGACUUACCAACCUUUAAAGUGCAAUAGUGAUUGUACUUGUGACAAUGAAGGAGAGCAAUGUACAUAUGAGAGGCGGUAUGCCGAGAUGAGCUCUAGCAGUGGUGUGCUUGGUGAGGACAUUAUUUCUUUUGGCAAUGAAAGUGAACUCGUGCCCCAGCGUGCGGUUUUUGGUUGCGAGAAUGUGGAAACUGGUGAUAUUUACAGUCAACGUGCUGAUGGCAUAAUGGGAUUGGGUCGUGGUCGGCUCAGUAUUGUUGAUCAACUUGUUGACAAGGGGGUUAUUGGUGAUUCGUUCUCAUUAUGCUAUGGCGGUAUGGAGGUAGGCGGGGGAGCAAUGGUUCUGGGUGCACUUCCUCCUCCUUCUGAUAUGGUUUUUUCCCAUUCAGACCCUUUUCGCAGUCCAUAUUACAACAUCGAGCUGAAGGAAAUGCAUGUUGCUGGGAAGCCAUUAAAAUUAAACCCAAAGGUCUUUGAUGGAAAGCAUGGAACAGUCCUUGACAGUGGGACUACAUAUGCCUACCUUCCAGAACUAGCUUUUGCUGCAUUUAAAAAUGCUAUUAAGAAGGAAAUCCAUCCCCUUAAACAGAUCAAUGGUCCUGACCCACACUAUAAUGAUAUUUGUUUCUCUGGUGCUGGAAGGGAUGUAUCUGAACUCUCAAAGAGUUUUCCAGAGGUUGACAUGGUAUUUAGCAAUGGACAAAAGUUGUCACUUUCUCCAGAAAACUAUCUCUUCCGGCAUACUAAAGUUCCUGGCGCGUAUUGCUUGGGAAUUUUUCCGAAUGGAAUGGAUCCAACUACGCUUUUGGGAGGAAUUGUUGUCCGUAACACUCUUGUGAGCUAUGAUCGGGAGAAUGAAAGGAUUGGCUUUUGGAAAACUAAUUGCUCUGAACUAUGGAAGACACAACAGGUUCCGGUUUCUCCUACUCCAGCGCCUGCAGUUUCUGAUGCUAGGAAUAAAACCAUCAAAAUGCCUCCCACUCCCAGUCCUAGUGAAUUGCCUCAGAAUGUUCUUCCAGGAAAAUUUCUGGUUGGACUCAUAACAUUUGAUAUGUCAUUGAGUGUUAAUAACUCCAGCAUGAGGCCAAACUUCACAGAACUUGCAGGCUUCAUUGCCCAUGAGUUGGAAAUUAAUGCUUCACAGGUCCAUUUGUUGAACUCCACUUCCAAAGGAAAUGAGUACCUUCUUAGAUGGGCAAUAUAUCCAGCUGAAUUUGCAGAUUACAUUUCUAAAACAGCAGCAGUGAACAUAAUUCUGCGCUUGACAGAGCAUCGUGUGCAGAUUCCUAAGAGCUUUGGUAGUUAUCAGUUGGUUGAAUGGAAUGUUCAGCCACAAAUGAAGAAGACAUGGUGGGGGCAACACUUUGUCGUGUUGGUAGCUGGAAUUGCUGUUAUCUUGCUUCUGAUCUUCUCAACUUUCGGGAUAUUGUUCAUCCGAAAACAUCGACAUAAAGUGGUCAAUACAUACAGGCCUGUACAUGACAUUGUUCCUGAGCAAGAGCUUCAGCCACUUACAACUUGAAGGUAUAAUCCAAGCUUAAUCGUUCACCAUAAACUUAUCUGUUAAAAACUCAUUUUUACCUGGGUAAUGAAGUCCUAUCUCAGCUAGGCCCCAAAUUGAUGAAUAUAAUUUGCUCGACUGAGUUGCCCUGAUGGAGGAGAUGAUUUUUUUUUUUUUCUGCAAUUCCUCCACAUGUUCUGUAAAAUGUAAAUGUGGGAGAAAUUGGUGUUGAAGCUCUAGAGAGAACUUGUUUAGAGUUAGAAAUCAAAGAAAGUGAAGAAAGCAAGUAGCAUCUUAGAUUUGAAACCACACUUAUUUGUAGAUUAAGUAACCGAGUGUAUUGUUUAUUGGCCAAGUUAAACGGCAACUGUAGUUCCAAUUACCUAGAUAUUUACUUUACAAGGUUGACGAUAAAAAUAUUUGUGCUGUUACUUCAACAUAAAAUUUGUGGAUUUAUUCAUAUCAAAAU